AGACCAGGUUAUUACUAAUGGGUCCAUUAGUCACAUGACUAAACCAAUAUCAACCAUUCAUUUAAGUUUUAAUUUAAUGGUUGUAAUUAAUCUUAUUUAAUGAAGGGUAUGGUAUUAAAUACACAAUUUAUUUAGUAAUUAAAAUAAACAAAAAUAAUGUGGGCCCACUGCUACCCACGAUCGUCGUUAUCGCCGGUCCUUUCUGGGAAAUUCCUCCUGGUGGCCAGUCCUCCCCGACUUAUUCCCAGCACCGGCGGUCCCCCAUUCCUAGCACAGGAGGUCACUUUUAUGGGCGGUUUCCCCAUUCCCAGCAUAGGUGCAACUAUGGGAGAGAGAUAUUAGUAUGCUUUGUAAUGUUUGUCGAUUUAUUUUGUAAUGUUUAUAAGACUAAAAAAUAAUCUGGUUGACUUUUGGACAGAUUUCCACUAUAUAGGGACGGAGCCUCCAAAAUCAACUUGAUUGUUUUUCCAUUUUAUAUGGUUUGUAUUGUUUGUAAAUACAUUUUGUAUGGUUUGUAUUGUUUGUAAAUCUAGUUUGUAUGGUUUGUAUAGUUUGUCAUUUUUGUCCACCAUAUUUGUAUUGUUUGUAUGUCUAAAAAACAACUUGGUUGACUUAUGGACGAAACUCUUCUAUAUAGUGAUGGAGUCUCCAAAGUCAACCCGACUAUUUUUCCAUUUUUUAUGGUUUGUCGAUCUAGUUUAUCAUUUUUAUCUACCAUGUUUGUAUGUCUAAAAACAAUUGGGUUGAAUUUGGGACUUCACGAAACCCCUCAUAACCAUUAGAUCUGGACACACCAAUCUAACAAUUAGAAAAUGAAAUAAGCUUUUAAUUAGCGACGUGGGUAAUUUGAUAUUAUGAAAAAUUACGAAGUAUACAAAUCAAACUUACAAACAAUACAAACAAUAUAAACUAGAACCAUAAAACAUAUAAACAGAUUUACAAACAAUACAAAACAUAUGAACUAUACCCACAAGGCCACAACUAGAGGUGGCAAUUAGGAUCCAAAUCCAUGAAUCCAAUCCAAUCAUCCAUCAAAUUAUCCACCUAAUCUAAUCAAUUUGAUCUAAAUCCAAUUGGAUUGGUGGAUUCAUGGAUCCAUCCAUGGAUCCAAAUGGCAAAUUAUGAUUUGGUACCUAUAUUUUUUAUAUUUUACAUUUUGGUACAUGAAACUUAUAUUUUUAUACGAAAAUUAUCAUUGGAAAAUUACAUUUUAGUGCCUAAAAUUUUUCAUUAUGACAUUUUAGUACCUGAACUUUUCCAAAUUUACAUUUUGGUCCAAGCCUUGGAUGUUAUUUGGAUUCAUAGAUCAAUCCACCAAUUCAUUGGAUCCAAUCCAUUUAAUCUAUGGAUCCACGAAUCCACGAAUUCUAUCCACUUGCCACCUCUAGCCACAAGGCCCACAACCAAUAUAUAUUGGAAGGAGCUACGUGGCAAGAAAAUGAGGGGAGGGGACAGGCAGAGAUCAGCUGAAUCAUAUAUGAUACAACGAUGAAGAAGAGGAAGAACGCUUCUCAUUCUCUUACCUCUUUGGCCUCUCGUCCAAACCCUAAAUUCCCAAUUCGUCACCAACCAUUUACUCCAAGCAUUCUCCUCCAUUCGCGAAGUAACCAUCGUCUGCUGAAGUCGCCAUUGUCGCUCCUCCGGGAAGUAUUGUAGACGCCGACUGUAGUUGGUUUGAUUGAUUGCAUCGUGGAGCUCUUUGCAUUUCCUCCAAUAUUUGGUUGUUCUCCCUUCGUCAGCCAGCGGAGAAGUACUUUCAUGGCCGCCAACGGCCUGCUGACAUUAGGCCGAGUGAAGCUCAGCGAUCUUAUCGCCACCGACGGCGUCCCUUCCGAUUCCUACAAGCUAUCAGUCUCGACUCUAUCCCAGUCUCUCUCUCCGUACUCCGCCGCCAUCAUUCAAUUCUCAUCCAGCGACGGAGCUCUCUUGAGGUCGGGUUUGGAUUCCGCACGCCUCUACUUCCACCAGAGGCCAUCGUUCCCCGACGUGAUUGAGAGUGACGAUUCCCGCGAGUGGUGCAGGACGUCUGGUUACUUCGCUGAUCCUCAGUUGUGGCAGGAGGCAUACGAUUACAGACCUGGUUUAACUCCUCCCGACGAGCAUUCUUCAAUCAACUCCGUUGAAUUCCUCCCUCCUGGAGCCUUGCCUGACAUUUUUGCUCUGCUGGGGAGAGCUGCUCGGGGUAUCUUGGAUGCAAUUAGCUUCUAUUUGAAUUUGCGCAGCUCGCCUUUCGCGGAAAUACUCGAUAAUGUGCCUUUGAGGGGUCGAGAGAUAUCGUCUUCUGUGUUAUCGGUUUGCUGUCACGCAAGGCCGUCGUUUCAGGGAGCUCAUGGCCAAAUGGGUGGUUUGUAUGAAGACGACAAUCACCAUAUCGACAAGAGCUUGAUAUCGCUGGUUAAGUCGGAUAAAUCAGGGCUUCAUAUUAGAGACUUUAAUGGGAGAUUGUUGACACCUAAAAUUAAUUUGGCCGAAAUUAAAUGCCGCAUUAAUUAGUCUCGGCAUUUAAUUCUAUACCGCGGGUUAAAAACGAUGUCGUUUGGAGUUAAGCGGCGUUGCGGAGAGUUAAAACGGUACCGCAAGGAAGCUCGGCGGUACCGCGGCAUGGGAAACGACACCGCUUAAUGAAUAAAAAAAAAGGGGUUGCGCGUGUAGUUGGGUUGGAGAAGGGGUUUUAUAAUUAAUUAUUACCUUUAUUCCUUGUAGGAAGGGGAAAAUCGGUACCGCAUGGAGAAUUAAAACGGUACCGCAAGGAAGCUCAGCGGUACCGCGGCACCGGUCACCAAAAAACAAAAGAGGGGCCGCGCGUUAGUUGAGUGUUGGGGAAUGAGUUUUGUUUACUCUGAUUAAUUAUUAUUAUUAUUUUACUCCUUGUUGGAUAGGGAGAAGCGGCACUGCGGAGAGCUAAAACGGUGCCGCGGAAUAAAAAACGGUGCCGCGAUAAGCCCAACGGUACCGUGGAUUAGCAAACGACACUGUUAAAAUUAAAACAGUAUCGCGAAGCUCAAAAGUACAACGACAUCGCGGGACUACCAAACGAUGUUGUUUAACUAAGAACGGCGCCGAGGGGUGAGAGUUUGACGGCGAGUUAACAAUGAGGGCUGGUUUAAUUAAUUAGUAGUUUAUGAUUAUUUUAGACGGCGUCGUUUAAUGAAAAGCGAUGCCGCGGAAAAGUAAAACGACACCGCGGUAGUGGUAAGAGUUCGGCCAAAGGCAGCCGCCAAACCCAACGACGGCGCAAGAGUAUAGAACGACGUUGUUUGAUAGACUAACAAUGUCGUUGGUUAAACCGGGUCGGGGCAGUUGAGUUGGAUCAUAAAACGGCAUCGGUUGGUGAAAGGCGAUGCCGUGGUAUUGGUGAAACGGCAUCGUUACAUGGACAAGGUUGUAGGUCGUUUGGCCAAGUUUCGGCAAAGCAGGAACGGUUUCGAGGGCACGUGAUUAUCACGCAACAAGGAGGAAGUUACCUGCACGGUUGACAGGAAUGGAGACGUGGGAGUUCACGACGGAGCGGUUGAGGAAGCAGUUCCACAGGGCGUGAAGACUACGCAAGUGAUUUCAAAUAAAAGCAGCGGAGCAAGGAGAGAGAAGAAAAAAAAAUCAACACAGAUCAACUCUGUUCAAACUUUACCUUUUCUCUGUAACUCCUUCGCGGAGCUCUCCUUCCAGGAAAGAUCUCCAUAGUUGUAGUCUUAGUCGUAGUCGCGGAGCUCUCCACAGGAAUCUCCAUAGGAGUAGCAGUAGCGUAGAUUCCUCAAAACUCAAACACCCUCGUUCGAACGUAGUUUGGAGAGGUGCGAACCGUAGUAACGGUCGUUCUUGGUUAGAAGUCAGAGGUGCAUCGAUCAAAUCAACACCGCCGGCGGUGGAUAUUUGACGGUCACGUUGAUUUCACCAUUCAGAGGUGCAUCGAUCAAAUCAACGGCGCGACAUUCGGCGGCGGAUAUUUGACGGUUGUCUCAAUUUCAGCAAUCAGCGGUGCUUCUGAUCAAACGGCACCGUAAGAGUUUCCAUCACGAAACAUCAAAUCAACAUCGCCGGAAACG